CUGAAAAUUUAGAAAAUUUUAAUUUAGAAAAAUGUCAGAAAAUUCUAAACCUGAAAAAACAAAAAAAGAAAAGAAAGAUACAGGUGAAAAAGUAAAAGAUGCUCCAUUAAAUCCUGAUGGAACUUUAAAAAGCAAAGGACAGCUUCGUGCUGAGAGAAGACAAAUUCAGGAUGCACAACGUGCUGCAAAAAGUUCAGCCUCUGUUCAGUUACCAAAGUCUCAAUCAAACAAUGUUGCUCAAAGUACUCAAAGUAAUAAGAAAUCGACUGAAGGAGUUCAAAGAGUUGCUUACAAUGUAUUGAUGGAUGAUCCAAUAGCACAAAAAAAGGUCUCAAAGAAACUUGCUAAACAAAAUGUACCACAAAGAAAUACACAAGAACAAAAAAAAGUGAAUCUAUUUUCUCAUCUACAUCAAUACGAAGAAGAUUUAUCGCUUACAAAAGAUAUAUCUUUUUUAUCAACUGGUACAAUUCAUCCAGUGAUCAUCAAACUUGGCUUACAAUAUGCAAAAGGCAUUAUAUCUGGUUCUAAUGCUCGCUGCAUUGCUUUACUUUAUGCAUUUAAACAGGUGAUAAAUGAUUACACUGUACCACCUUCUAAAGAGCUUGCCAGAGAUCUAGAGAUGAAAAUUAAACCUUGUAUCAGCUUUUUGUCACAGUGUCGCCACCUUUCAGUAAGCAUGGGCAAUGCUAUAAAGUAUCUCAAGCAACAAAUAACUAAUACACCACAUGACUUGCUUGAAUCUGAGGCAAAACAAAGGCUAACAGAGAGUAUUGAUAACUUCAUAAAUGAGCGCAUUGUGUUAGCAGACAAAGCUAUAUCAGAUUUAGCUAAUUCUAAAAUUGAAAAUGGAGAUAAAAUACUUAUUUAUGGUUUUUCAUCUUUGAUUAUAAAAGUUUUAAAAGACGCAAAUGCAAAUGGAAAACAGUUUCAAGUUGUUAUCGUUGAUUCCAGACCUGAUUUUCAAGGGCGAGAAAGUCUCACAAGAUUAGCAAAUGUUGGAAUAAAAUGCUCAUAUGUAUUAAUUUCAGCAAUAUCUUACAUUAUGAAAGAAGUAACCAGUGUUUUUAUUGGUGCUCAUGCAUUGCUUGCAAAUGGAAAUGUCAUGGGCAGUGCUGGUUGUGCUAUGGUAUGUAUGGUAGCAAAGGCAAACAAUGUACCUGUGUUGGCUUGUUGUGAAACAUAUAAGUUUUGUGAAAGAGUACAAACUGAUGCUUUUGUUUAUAACGAAUUAGCUGAUCCUGACGUCAUAGUAAACCUUAACAACCCUGCAUUAUCAGACGUUUUAAUUGGAUGGAGAGAAAUCAAAUCUCUUUAUCUUCUGAACUUAGUUUACGAUGUAACACCAUCAAAAUUUGUCGAUAUUGCGAUAACUGAAUUAGGAAUGAUACCAUGUACGUCGGUACCGGUAGUUUUGCGAGUAAAAAGCUCGGAAACGUGAGUUUCAAAAAUAUAUAAAAUUUGUAAAUUUUCUUUUUAGCUUUUCUAAUCUAGAAUAUUGACCUGUUCUUAAAAUUA